AUGCAUGAUCGUCAUCAAUCAUAUCCGAUUGAAGUCCUUUUUGAAGAUCAUGUAACAUUGAGCGAUGGUCGCUCUAAACCUCAUCUUGUUUUACUUCAAUUAACAUCCGAGACACUUAUCAUUCGACGCCUUAAAAUAACUCAAGUAUCAUCAAUUAACGAUAAACAAGUCCAAACAAUAAUACCGCGUAAUGUCACCCUUAAAAGACAUCCAACAACUCAUUCAUUUGGCUUUUCAAUUAAGGGUGGCAGUGAUACGGGUUUUCCAGUUCUUAUCUCUCGUGUCGUUUAUACCAAUGCACAUUUAUUACAUGUUGGUGAUGCUAUUUUAUCUAUUAAUAAUGAAAAUAUUUCUACUUUAACUCAUGAUGAAGUCAUUCAAAAACUAAGAGAUACAUCCGGUGAUCAAGUUAAUUUAAUUGUUAAAUAUAUGAAUGAUAUGGCCCCAUAUUUAUCUUCAGCUUCUGCAACGGCAAGAUCAUCAUUUUCAUCAUUGAUGCCAAUGACACAAACUAGUUAUACGUUACCGACGUCGCAUUCUGUUCGACUACGGCGGCAACAGAAUCGUAUGUCAGCAGAAUAUCCUUCUAGAUAUCAUCGACCAGGAAAACAACAACAACGUUUAUCAUUAAUGCUUUCUGAUGAGCGAAAAGACACUGAUGAAUAUGAAUUACUUAGUCGAUUAUUAUUAUGUGAAAAUGAGAAUGAACGAUGUCGACAUCAAUUAGAAACAUUUGCAAAAGAACAGAAACAACAAACAGACUCAAUUGCCACAUUAGUCGAUGAAGACGAUGAAGAUAGUUCAACAGUUGAUUAUGUUUCUGUGCAUGAAUAUUCUCUACUUUAUGCAUAUGUUACUCAAUAUAUAACUGGUACAGAUAAAUUACGUACUAAUUCUUUUCAGCUGCAUACUCUAGACGGUUCCCAAUCGGGAAUAAUCAUCAGUGAUACAUCCGCUCAACAACAUUUGUGGAUAUCACGUAUAAACACGAUUAUACAUAAUCUAACAGCACGUACAAUUACUGAACUUAAUCAAUCAUUAUUAUCUAGUGAACAAGUACUUUAUGCAACUUGGAUGCAUGAACGUGUAACAAAUAUUAAUCAAAAUCGUUUACCAGAAUGGAAACCUAUAUUUAUUGUAAUGAAAGGUAGCGAUCUUUAUAUAUUUGAUGAUAAUAAACCGCCGCCUAUAUGUUCAUAUGAUUUCAUAUGUUGUUCACGUAUCUAUCCCAUUGUUGAAAUACUUAUUGAAGUCACAUCAUCAAAAUAUUUACAAGAUGAUCGACAAUAUUGUCUUACAUUAACAGUAUCAAAUGAUUUAAUAGCAAACUGUCGUUAUUUUAAUUUUGAAACAAAAAAUGGACUAGAUGAAUUCCUAUCAAAUUGGCAACGUUCAUUAUAUAUGUCAGUUUAUGCAGUUAAAAAUCGUGCAUUUGGUUGCAUAUAUCAAGGACAAAUAUGUCGUUUAGUUAUUGAUAUAAAUAACGGUUUUGAAAUGUAUAAUAAUGAAACAAAUGUUAUGCUAUGGUCAUUUACAUUUGAACAAUUACAAUCAAGUUCCGAUAAUGGACGAGAUAAAAUUUAUUUUGAAUUUAAACGUAGUCCCCUGCCAAAUGAGAGUGAAUCAACAAUAAAGAUUGAAGUGCAAUGUCAACAUUUGAGAAUUCUUAUUCAUGUGAUUAAUGCAUUUUUGACUAUCAAAUUAAUUGGUAAACGAGAUAAUACCAUUGAUUAA